AUGGACUCUGGAAGUGGUAGCACCUAUGCUAGUGGUAAUGAGGGUGCUGGGCCCUCAGGUGUAGCUGGUGGAGGAACUGAUCUUGCGGUCGCCAAGAACCGGGUGAAGGAAAUUGAAAAGGUGUUGAUAGUGCUCCAGUGUACGGAGGAACAGAGGGUGCUAUUUGUUACAUAUAAACUAGCAAGAGAGGUCAAGAGAUGGUGGAAUGCAGUGAAACUUCUGGAGCAGCAAAGAACAAUACUUUCCAGUCUCGUCCAAAGAAGGCAAGAUAGAGGAGUUCUUGAACCUGAAGUAGAGACAGUAGACAGUGCAACAGUAUGCGGCAAGGUUUAUUCAAUUAUCUCGCUUUGCCCAUACAUUAUUCCGAAUGAGAUUAAGAAAGUAAGACAGUUUAAAAUAGGCCCGAGGCAAGAAUUUCACAAGCAGGUAUCAAUAUUGAAAUUGCAAGAUUUUAUCAAGCUAGUGGACAAAGCAACUAUGGUAGAAGCCGGAGAGCGGCUGGAGCCUGAAGAACAGAAACAUAGAAAGAGAUUCACGCCUUCUGGUUCCUAG